AAAUAUACGGUCAAUUCAUUGACGGAUGUGGUGGAGGGCUGUGAAUGUCGGGUCAAUAAUCUGGAAACAGCCGCCAAAAGCAAGAAUUUGGUGGCACUGGAUGUCGAUCAGAUCAUAAGCCGGGCCUACUCUAAGGAGGGUCUCAUUGAACGGGAUUAUCACAUAUUUAAUAAUAAUUGCGAAGUAUUUGCCACGUGGUGUCGAUAUGGACAGGGAUUUAGCCUUCAAAGUGAGGCCAAAGAAGGAAAACCAUUGAUUGAAACGAUUGAAUCUGUACACAUAAUGUCGGACAACGCGAAUGAACAGAAAGAGAGAUCGACGAGUGGAUGGGGUUUCGUGGCCGGAGUGGUCGCAGCGACGGCUGGAGCUGCCGCUGCCUUUUGGGAGUAUAAGAGGGAAAGGAGUGAAUUUGAUGAGCAACUGACCCAAAUCCGAAAGGAGUGUCCCAAUCCUUUUGUGAGCAUACAUAAUAUAAAACCAAUCGCCGGAGAUCUCAUUGAGAUCAAGAGGAAAGACUACUCUCAUUGGGCUGUAUAUGUGGGAAAUGGAUUCGCUGUCCACCUCAACAGAAAUGCCAAUGAAUUUGAUUAUAAAUAUAUGUUAAGUCCACUGAAGGAUGUGGUGGACGGCUGUGAAUGUCGGGUCAAUAAUCUGGAAAAGGCUGCCAGUGGUAGAAAUUUGGUGGCACUGGAUGUCAAUGAGAUCGUACGACGGGCAUACUCUAGACAGGGUCAGGUUGAAGAGAACUAUGAUUUGUUUAAAUAUAAUUGCGAAGAUUUUGUCACGUGGUGUCGAUAUGGACAUGGAUUUAGUCUUCAAAGCGAUGCCAAAACAGGAAAGCCAUUGAUUGAGACUUUUGGUCCAAUUAUCAAUAAUGCGCUCAAAUAUACAAAUAGUGGUUCAGUUGACCCCUCUUCCGAUAAGGUUAAAGAGGUCUCGAAGACAUUGAAUUCA